AUGGCCACAAUGCAGCGCAGCCAGUACAUAAAGCUCGCACAGUCUCUACCACCUCGAUUGACGAAAUUUCUCGCACGAUACCCACCUGCCGCCAUCCUCCCGCAAACCUCCACGCCUCCCAAUGCAUCAACCACGCCCCUAGAAUCCAGCUCCGAACUGCAACCAAGCACCAACAAUGAUCUACCCUACCCGUCACCCUUCCGCUCUACCAAACAUGCCAUAACUGGCAAAUGGCACAACCCAACCUUCUCCCUGCGCCGACAAGCCGAUCUCGUAAAACUAGCACGGAACCAUGGCAUCGAGGAGCUGUUGCCGCCUAGUGUGAAGAGUACGGCUGAGAGGAUUCGGAGAAGGGCAGAGAAUGGGUUGAGAGUUAAGGGGACGGGAAUUGGCCAGAAGGUCAAGGGGAAGGAGAGCGAGAGGACGUUGAAGGGGAGAUUGGAGAAGAGACGACAGGCUAUGUUAGAUAUGCCGCAGAUGGUGCAGACGUGGAAAGAGUUUGCUAAGGAUUGGGACAGAGAGGACAUGGUCGUGGAUGGAAGAAGUGGCCCAAAUGAGUACGAUGAUCUGGAAGCUGGGAAAGUGCCCGAGAUGUGUUUGUAUAAAUAUCGAGAUGCAUGGAAUGGGCGUUGGAAGCAAGUGUAUAUCUAUUCUGCUAGAAUUUACGAGAUUGGAGAAUCAGAUAUUGUGGGUUCAGUUUGA